CUCGAAAAUAUGUCUUCUCGAAAUACAAAUAUUUCAACAAUAGAAAAUUGUUUCCAAAAUAUUGAAUUGGUCAAAAAUAUUUGCCAAUUUCUAACUUACGAACAGCAGUUGCAAUUAUUAAGAGUUAGCGAAGAAUUAGAAUAUAUUAUUACAAAUUUUGUGUGGAACAAACAAUUUAAAGAAGUUGAAGUUUAUGUUUUAAAGAAAUGCGACAAAUAUUUAAUAUCAAAUAAAAUUGACACAGAAGCCAGCAGUUACAAUAGAUAUGUUCACAUACCUAAUUUGCGCGAAAUAUUUAGUCAAACUAAUAUUCUUUUGGAAAAAAGUGAAAUGGAAAUUUUCUUCAAUUUAAAUGCUAAAAAUAUACAGAAAUUACAUUUUAAAUUAAAUGCCGAUAUUCAAAGGGAUUUGAUAAAACUGCCUCCAAUAGAAAAGUUUACAAAUCUCACCUAUUUUAGAUGCGAGAAGGUUAUUUUAAGCAAUAGAGAUGUAAAAAAUUUGGCUAAAAAUUGUUUAAAACUGGAAACAUUAGACUUGUUUAAUUGCCGUAAUAUAGAGGGUCAACCCUUGGUCUUGGAUAAGGACAUUGAUGUUUCGGUAUUGCAAAACAUGGCAAAUUUGAAAAACCUAUUUAUAAAUUACACCGACUGGUGUGAUGGACGACAUUUGUACAACUUUUCCAAUGUUCAACAUAUUUUACAACAAUUACAAUUACAGCGUUUUGGCAUAAGUUGUACUAUAGAAUCGGACGAAUAUGCAGAUAAAGAGGAUUUAAAUUUCAGCAGUUUAAGUUAUUAUCAGGCUUUUGAAAUAGGUCCUUGUGAUGUUAUGGAUUUCUUAGAAUUUCAAUCAAAUAUUUUGCCAAAAUUUGAAAAUCUGGCCGAAUUAACUAUAAAUGACUACAAAAGUAUUACCACCGAUUUUUUUAAUAUUCUACUAGGAUCCUGUAAAAAUUUAUUUCACUUAUCUUUCAAUAAGUGCUAUUUCCAUGAUUUCAUAAGCCUUCCAAAAUUAAAAGAACUUGGUCUAGUAUCUUGUUGUGGCUUAACUAGCUCAAAUUUAAAAACCAUUUUGCACGACCUAAAGUUAUCUAGUUUCAAAUCAAUUGCCACCCACUAUGAAGGAGAUAUUCACAAUUUUCUGAUUUCAUCAACUUUAGAAAAAUUACAAUGUGAUUUCUGUGGCGAAAAACUCAUGCAACUGUUCCAGUUUAAUCAUCGAAAUCUUAAAAACUUAAUAUUUUUCAAUUGGGAAAUAUGGGGCUGGGACGCCAGUGAAAUAAGACUUUCAAGUUUUGCACCCAACUUACAAGUUUUAUACAUUCCUUGGCGUUAUCUAAAGAUAAAUGAUUGUUUCGAAUUGAAAUCUUUGCGUAAAGUAAUACUUGAUUUAGAUGCUAAUAUCGAUAUCAAUAUGUCAGAAUUGCUGCAGCUGCUAAAACUUGAAAAUUUAAAAGAAUUAACCAUUGAUGACUUAUAUGUUCCCAAUCCGGAUGUUGAUUUUAGUAAACUGAAAGCUUUUAAGACCAAUCUUCAACAUCUCAAUAUUAUCCGGGAAGUUUUCUAUGCUUUGGAAGAUUUUUGCCUAGACUUACUACAGCUAAAUAGAAAGUUGAUAUUAACUUGUUUUGAUAUAACUACAGAUUUAGUUAGUAAAGUUUUGAAUAAUGCAAAGUUUCCCAGCCGUUUUAAGUAUAUAAAUAUUUGUGGCAUUACUAUAGAUUGCACAUUAAUACGGCAGCAGUGUAAGAAAACUAUGGAACUAAUAGAAUUACUUGUGAAUACCUUUAGUAUGACUAAAUGUUACUUUAUCCUUGAAUAAUGCCGAAGUAUUACAAAUGAGCGGAUAGAAUUUCUAUAAAAUAUGUCGCAUAAUUACAAUGAAAAAUUACAGUCACAUAGGAUAAUGUUCUGCAGUAGCCUCUGAAUUUCAUCUAAUCUAGCCUAGAGCCUAGUCUAUAAACUAUCAUUUAGUGUAUUCUAUAGUCAAACUUGGCUAUAGUUAAGUAUAUGGUUUAGUAUACA